ACUGAUGAGUCAGAGUUAACUCGGAGAUCAGCUGAUCAAGAAGUGCAAGUUUAUCUAGGCUACAGUAGUGGUCAGUUUGUAAUUAUUGUUAUAAAGCACUGAUGAUUGCUUGAUCAACAGUUGUGGCAAGUGAAUGUGAAGAAGAAAAACAACAGCACAUAUAUGGAUAAUCAGAAAAGUAACAUAUAUGGAUAUUCGAGCGUUGUCAGGCAGGAGAAGCAUCAGACACAAGAGACCUAAGCCCUAACAACCUAAGUACGAAGUGUUAAAUGCGAUGUAGACCUUGAAAAAUAGUGAUGAAAACCCAAACCCGCGACGACCUGUACAGGUGAACGUCCGGGCGCGUCAUCACAACACACAUUCCUGGGAGUGUGCGCACGGGAGAGAGACGUCGCCCUGGCUUCAUGUCAUAAAUGUGUGGAUAAUUUCGCUCCUAGGCCAUGACGUCUGCCGGAACCAUGGAGAAAACCGAGGGAAGGCAAGGAGGAGCUACAGAGGAUGUCCCAGCCAAGAUGACACAGAUGGAGUACAAUGACCAGCUGGAAACACACAAUUUACUGAUCAGUGGCAAAUCUCAAGAACUAGCAAAGCUGGCUGAAGAGCUCAAAAGAGUCCGAGAAAGAAAGGAGCCCUUAACCAAAGCAAAAGAUAUGUUGCAUGAGGAAAUCAACAAGGCUAACAAAGCCAUUAAUGCAAAAUCAGAAGAAGUCACACUGUUAAAACAAAAGUUGAGAUACCACAGUGUGAAACAGAUCCAUGAAAAUAUAGACCGACUAGAGUAUCAGUUGCGGAAUAACAGUUACAAACCUAGAGAGGAGCAGAAAAUAUUGAAUGAAAUUUCAAUGCUUCAGAGAUCCAUUCGAACUCUGCGAGAAUAUGAAGCCAAACAGGCUGAGAACAAAAAGUAUAGAGCUGAGAGGACACGGCUUAUUGAUGAAAGAAAUAGCAAUUUCACAAAAAUCAGAGCGUUAUAUGAAAAGGAAGAUGAACUAAAGAAGGAAAUGGCGCAACUUAGAGAGGUUUUGUCCGUCAGUAAGAAAGCCAUUGAAAACCUUAGACAACUAAGACCAAGUUUGGAACAAGCCUGGUUAGCACAAAAGCAACAGAGUCAAGCAGCACGUCAAAGACGUAUUGUGGAAAAGAAACGUCUGCGACAAGAUCAGAUCAGAGAGCGACAAGAACAAAAAAGACGGUUAUG